GCCGGCGGGGCGGUGCCGACGUCGUCCAAUGACCCCCACCCCCGCGGCCGAGGGGCGGUGGCCUCGCAGGCUCGGCGAGACAGGCGUGUGUGGUCGGACCGGGCUCCGGGGGACGCACGCAAGGCUAGGCCAUGCCGGGGGAGGCUACCAGCGCUGACCUGCUGUUGCUGGAGGCCGGUGGGCCGGGGACCCGCACAGAUCUGUCCUGUAAUGCAGCUGAGACCACCACUCCAAGAGGGAACCCGCGGGAGCACUGUGCCCUGAUCCGGGGGCCCAGCACCCUGGCCCUCACAUUCCUGCCCAGCAAGCCAGGUGCCCGGCCCCCACCUGAGGGAGCUAGCUGGGAUGCAGGGCCGGGCCACACCACCAUGGCCUGGGCGGUCCCAGAGGAGGGCAGCCCCAGCCCAGGGUCCCCUGAGGUUCAGCCCACAGGGGGCGCUCAGCCAGCCCCACUGGAGCCCCGGGUUGUGAUGGGUGAGGAGACACGCUGGGCACCACUACCCAGCGCAGCUCUACCAGAGUCCAGGAAUAGGGAGGGUGGGCAUGCCAGCCUGAACCCACCCCUUGAGUUGUGUUCUCAGGGUGACCCUCCUGUGCCUUGCCUUGCCCUGGACCCUGAUUCCUACUUCACACCUCCCUCCACCCCCACUGAGACCGCGUUUGCCCUGCUCCCCAGCCACGGGCCCCACAGGGACACCCAGGGUGCCCAGGCUGAGCAGGGGGACUCGCCGCCUGCAUCACUCUCAGGCUCCUAUGUCACGGCAGAUGGGGACAGCUGGGCCUCGUCCCCAUCCUGCUCCCUGAGCCUGCUGGCCCUGGCAGAAGCGCUGGACACUUCCUCGGGCUGGGGCUUCUCCCCCCCAGGGUCCCUGGUGGAUGAGCAGGAGCUGUGCCCUGCUGGGUCCCCAGUUCCCCCAUCCCCAGAGUCCAGCCUCUCCGUGGACAGCAGCUCUUCCCUGGGCCAGGAAGGCCACUUCUUUGAGCUGGACUUCCUGGCCAACGAGCCAAUGAUGCCCGCCUCCCUCCUGCCCUUCCGGGGCAGCCUGAUCUUCCAGGUGGAAGCAGUGGAGGUGGUGCCCCUGCCUGCGGAGCAGGAGGCAGAGCGGGAGGCACCCUCCCCGGGAGCAGAUGUGGCCGGGACAGGUGAGGACGACAGCACCUUCGCCUCCUCCCUGCAGUCACUGUCCGACCUCUCCAUCUCCGAGAGCGUGGAUGAGGCCUUUGCCUUCCAGGACGACAUUUCUGUGGCCUCCUCUGACCUUGACCCUGCCUCCUACACGGGGGCGGACGACGAGAGGCUGUACAGCGGGGAGCCCCACGCACAGCACAUCAUCCUGCUCCAGGACAGCCCUGGCGAGCCCACAUCCUGGGGCCUACAGCUGGCUACCAGGGGCUCCAAGGGAGAGGCUGGCCUCUCCGCCCAGAGCCAGGAGCCUGUGGCAGAAAUGACGGGGACCGGCCCCUCUGCAGGCCCGGCAUCUGCUGCCACUAGGGCCCCUCACACCCGGCAAGAAGACCCAGGCCUCACUGGGGUGACCCUGAAGGCCCAGGGGGAUGAAGCAGGCUCUCCCGCAGAACCAGCACCUGUCACCUUGGCCACACCUCAGCCUCUACAGGAGGGAAACAGCGCCAGCUUAGGCCCAGAGCCUUGGACUGCCCAGGAAGAGGAGGACCUCUUGCCAAGUCCAAACUCUUUGCAGACCCUGGAGGAGGAAGCUGCCCAGGGACCUGCUGCUGUGGCCAGCUCUGAGCACCAGCUGGGAGAAGGGGACCCCACCUUACCCCAGGAUCCUGUCUCUUUGGCCACACACCUGCCCCUGCAGGAUGCAGGCCUCCUCUCAGGCCAGGGACCUGCUGCUGCAGCCAGCCCCAAGGCCCUGCAGACAGACACUGGCUGUGGCCCAGGAACAGAGGCCAUGGCUGCCAUGGCCCAGCAAGAAGGAGGUGAAGCUUGGGGACUGAGGCCAGUGUCUGACAAGAGGGAUGCGAGCACCACUGAAGGCCAGGACCAGGCCCCACAGGGUGUCCUAGAACCAGCUGCAGACACUGAAACACCAUGGACCUCAUGGAGAGAUGUGAGCCCCCCCAGACCUGCCUCGGAGGACCCAGACACUGCCGAGCCUGCUUCGGAAGCCCCGGACACCCCCAAGCCUGCCUCGGAAGCCCUGGACACCCCCAACCCUGCCUUGGAAGCACUGGACACCCUGGAUCCUGCCUCAGAGACUCCAAACACUCCUGAGCUUGCCAGGGAGGCCCCAGAUAUCCCAGAUCCUGCCUCAGAGACACCAGAUAACCCCAGGCCUUGCUCAGAAGCCCCAAACAACCUGCAUUCUGCCUCAGAGGCCCCGGAUAUCCCAAAGCAUGCCUCAGAGUCCCCAGACCCCCCAGAUCCUAUCAGGGAGGUCUUGGACACCCAAGAUCCUGCCACAGAGGUCCCAGACUCCCGAGAUCCCACCUCAGAGACUCCGGACACUCUGGAUUCUACCAGGGAGGCCCUAGACACCCCAAAGCCUGCCACAGGGACUCUGGAAACCCCAGGUUCUACCAGGGAGGCCCCAGACACCACGGAUCCUGCCACAGAGGCCCUGGAAACCCCAGGUUCUACGAGAGAGCCUCCAGACAUCCCAGAUGCUGCCUCAGAGGACCUGGACAACACUGAGCCAGGCAUGGAGGUCUCAGACACACUGGAUUCUGCCACAGAGGCCCCGGACACCCCGGAUUCCCCCAGAGAGGCCCCAGAUACCCCCAAGCCUGCCUCAGAGUCCCCAGACACCCCAGAUCCUACCAGGGAGGCCCCAGACACCCUGGAUUCUAUCAGGGAGGCCCCGGACACCCUAAAGGCUGCCACAGAGGCCCUGGACACCCCAGAUCUUACAAUGGAGGCCCCAGAUACACCAGAUUCUACCAUGGAGGCCCCAGACACCCCAGAUUUUCCCAGGGGGGCCCUGGACAUCCCGGAUCCUGCCACAGAGGCUCUGGACACCUCAGGUCCUACCAUGGAGGCCCCAGACACCCCAGAUCCUGCCUCCAGUAGGAAGGCAGCAGCAGAGGGCCUGUUGGCCGAUAUCCCUGAGAACCCUGGUUUGGGAGCUAAGCCCCCCUCACUCCCAAAGGAGGUACCAGGGUCAGAGAGCCAGGGGGAGGGAGAUCUCGAGUCAGCACCCCAGGGUGUUGGGAAGGAUCCUUGGAGCAGCAGCCCGGAGGCAUGUCCUGCUGCUUGCCCUGAGGUUGGCCAGGUGCAGUCUCUGAGCCCAGCAGAGGAGAGGGCCACCACAGAGCCAGGGAUCCCUGUGGCUGUGGCCUCAGAGGUGGGGCUCGACUCCUGCCUAGAAUUUCCUUCAAGGGCUGUGCCCAAGCCAGGUGGGCGCUGCCCCAAAGGACCUGCACCUAUGUCUCCACCACCCUCCUGGCAGCAGGAACCUGUACUAGGCCCAGGCAGUGCAGAUUGGGCCCAGGCAGCACCUGGAAUCCUUGGUCCCUCUCGGCCACAGCCCCCAGAAGGCCCCACUGGGGGCCCACCCAGCUUGCCGCCAGACAGGCCCUCUGCUCCUGGGGUCAUGAAGGCAGCACUGCGUCCUGCGGGCCCCCAGGAAGACUCCGUGGAAGGCAAGGAGUGCCCCAGCUCUCCAGCUCAUCUGCCACCCCAGGCAGGAGCACAGCUGGCAGUGGCUGCCUUCUCAGGAACCACAAACACCCCUGGGGCAGGGCAGCGGGGCAGCCUUCUGCCCCAUGCUGCCCUCCUCAGCCCCAAAGCAGCCCCCAUAGGAGGAAUUCAUGCCAAAGACCCAGCCUUGAGGAUCUCACCCCCCGGCCAAGUGCCUCCUGGCUCCAGGCCCCAGAGCCCGGCUGGCCCCCAAGGUCUCCCAGCCAUUGGGCAGCAGGAUGACCAGGACAGCCUGGAGGAAGGCUCGCUGCAGGCUACAGGCUCCGGCCAUCACUCAGACAGCCACGGGGAGUCGGAGGAGCCAGAGGAGCCGGAGCUCUCAGGGCCGCAGACUUCACAGUGCCCAGCCCAGGCCCCUGCAGGUGGAGGCAGUGAGGAGACCAGCUCCAAAGCCAAGCAGAGCCGCAGCGAGAAGAAGGCCCGAAAGGCAAUGUCCAAGCUGGGCUUGCGGCAGAUCCAGGGGGUCACCAGGAUCACCAUUCAGAAGUCCAAAAACAUCCUCUUUGUCAUCGCCAAGCCUGACGUCUUCAAGAGCCCGGCCUCGGACACCUACGUGGUCUUUGGGGAGGCUAAGGUCGAGGACCUGUCCCAGCAGGUGCACAGAGCCGCAGCUGAGAAGUUCAAGGUGCCCGCGGAGCCCGCAGCCCUGGUGCCCGAGUCAGCGCCAGGGCCGCAGAUGAGGCCAGAGUGCGAGGAGGAUGAGGAGGAGGUGGAUGAGGCAGGACUGGAGCUGCGUGACAUUGAGCUAGUUAUGGCACAGGCCAACGUUUCCAGGGCCAAGGCUGUACGUGCCCUGAGAGAGAACCAGAGCGACAUCGUCAAUGCCAUCAUGGAGCUGACAAUGUAGCUGCUGACCAACGCCCUGCUGUGCCCUGCCCCCAGCUCUGCUGCUCAGUAAAUGGGUGCCUCUAC